UUUGAAACAACAGCUUAGUUUGCCUUAAACUUUCAUCAGGAUGAGAUUUUUAACAUUUUCGGUGCUGUGUUGGCUAGCUUUAAUCGCAGCAGCUAAAGCAGAAUGGUUUACUACCGUGAGGGAGUACAAUGUCUCACUUGGAAUAGAUUAAACUAAUUAAGAUGUACAAAAAAAAUAUCCUUCAAAUGUAUGUGUGCACGUAGGAGAAGACAAUUUAAUUGCUCAAAUUCUCAGUUGGUCCUUUUCGUAUUUGCAAAAACUUUUCAACUGUCUCCUGCAGUCGUGUAUACAAAGUUGCAGUAGUAAUCACAAUAAGAUGUUAAAUUAAAACCGUGUGCCUUGGCUUGGAAAUUACACUUGGUGUAACACUUACUUACACUUGCAUUGUUUGGUUAUGAAUACAAACUAUUAUAUACAAUUCUUUCUUAUUCUUGUUUAUAUGGUUGAAUAAAAAUAUCGUUUGAAAAUGUUAUACAAAUAUGAUAUGUACAAGUAAAUUAUAUACAAAAUAAAUAAAUUCUUUGGAGCUACGAACUUACUAAUGUGUGAGGUACGAAAAUGAAAAUGCUGCAUUUUUCUAAGAUACAUUCUCAAAGAAAUUAUGAAAGCUCUCUUUCUAACUUAUACUAUUAAAAAUGACACCCGGAAUCGGAACUCACAAGCUAGACUUUUUAAUUGCCGAAUUGUGUGAGACAAUAGAACAGAUGAAAACAUCCAGCAACUAAAUUUUUUUUUGGCAAACCGCUAAUGACAACUAUUCAACAAGAUCUGCUUUCAAUUCUCCGAGCGCCGAGAACCCAACUAAGCAAAUAUGAAACUACGCAAAACAUGGUUAAAUAAUUUGCACGGAUUCCCAUAAACGAAAUGUUAGUUGAAUCAAUAUUUAAACGGAUUAAUUACGCCCGAAAAAGAGGAGCUCUAUAAAAUGGGGCAGCAAUGGCCAAUGGAAGUCAGUUGAAAGAGGUUGCUAGUUUUGGAAAAUAUGCGUCUGUUUGUGGCUCUGGUUUGUGUCAGCCUGGUUGCAGUGUCGUCUGCCCAGUUGUCCCUGCGCGGAAGAUUGGGACGCUCGGCCAAUGUGGACUUGGCGGUGGAGCAGCCCAAUUUGCUGGCUAAGGCAGCCGGCAUUGUGCCCACUGUGCUCGUGAAGAAUGCCGGCAUCGUGCCCACUGUGCUGGUGAAGAACGCAGCCGGAAUUCUACCUGCCGUCGAUGUGGCCGCCGAUGUGGAGACACCCAGCAUCCUGCCCCAAGUUUCCAACAACAUCUUGCCCUACUAUCCCAGCUACUGGCCCAACUAUGGGUCAUAUGGCUCCUAUGGAUCCUAUGGCUAUCCCGGCGGCUGGAACGGUCCAAGCUACUGGAACAACGACUACUACGACUAUGGAGCACCCUACUUGCGCAGACGUCGCCUUGUGAAGCCCGUUGUGCCCCCCACCGUGAUCGCCUCACCCUCUGCCACCUCCUCCUCCUCCUCUACCACCACCACCACCACCACCACUGGUGCGUCUGGUGAGGAUUCCCCAGCUGUGUCCGCCGAUGUCGUUCCCGAGCAGACUGCUGCCUCUUCCGAAAAUGAGGUUGCUGAGCCCGUGUUCUCCACCCAGGUGAUCUAA